AUUAUAUCGCGGAGAAAAAAUAAUAACUUUACAACAAAGAGCGAAAACCCUUGAUUUAAUCAAAAAAGACCUUCAAAAGGUUACAGCUGAUUUGGAAUUUGAUUUAACUUGUAGGAAUAAAGCACAAACUAUACUUAAUAAUUGGUCG